AUGACCUUCGAGGCCAAUGAAAACGUCCUCUGUUUUCAUGGCCCUUUGCUCUACGAGGCCAAGAUUCUCAAAACAGACUGGAGGGUCCUUGACCCACCACAUGGCGAUGAAGGCCCAGCUUACUUGGUCCAUUACCGCGGUUGGAAACAGACAUGGGACGAGUGGGUUCCUGAAUCAAGGGCACUCAAGAUGAAUGAGGCAAACUUGGCCAAACAGGCCAGUUUGAAGGAGUCAUAUCCUGGCAAGAAGAAGGCAGUACCAAAAACAUCAGGAGUGACAGAGAGCUCUGAUAGAGGAAAGAAGCGAGCAAAGGACACGAGUGUUGACAAGGAGGAAGAAUUCACAAAGCGGCCCGAGAUCAAAGUACCAAUACCCGACUCAUUGAAGGCACAACUCGUGGAUGACUGGGAAAACAUCACCAAGCACCAACAACUGGUUCCUCUGCCAAGGACGCCCAAUGUCGUCCAGAUCCUCGACAUGUACAGAGACUCGAAGAAGGACAAGAAGGGAAAGAGCGACGAGAUUUUCCAAGAAGUGCUGUCAGGAAUCAAGACGUACUUUGACAAAUGUCUGGGCAACCUGCUUCUCUACCGGUUUGAACGUCAACAAUACGUCGACAUUCGCAAGCGGAACACUGGAAAGGAGGACUCGGAGAUCUAUGGCGGCGAACAUUUGCUCCGACUCUUUGUUCAAUUUCCCAUGCUUAUUGCUCAUACUCAGAUGGAUCAGGACUCGAUCAAUGCUCUCCGUGAGAACCUGGUGGAUGUUCUCAAGUGGAUGCAAAAGAACCACAAGGAGCUGUUGCUGUCGGAAUAUGAGAAUGCGAGCCCCGCCUACCAAUCUAUCGUCAAAUCAUAA